UCAAUACAAAAUGACAGAUUAUAAAACAGGAUUCAUGUGUUUGAUGACACGCCCGUGUGAGCCUUUGUUCUAUCCAAAGUAUGGAGGCCAAACGUAUAUGGCCUUACCGGAAGCUUAUCUCACCGAGCGUUACCGGCCAAUGGCCGAUUUGAUUGAUCAACGGUUUGGGAGUACGUCGCCCAACCAUAUCACCGUGAAAUCUGUAGAUCUGCCAGAUCUGGGUUAUGCGGAAUCUAUUCCACGACAUUGUAGUUUCAAUUUCUUCAGUGCUGGGCAACGAAAAAUCGCGGGUAAACUGGUAGAAGAUUUCAUGAAGCAACCGGAUCCAGAAACUCUGCUAUCGGUCGCAUCAUAUGCUCGUGAUCGUCUGAAUCCGACUAUGUUUCAGUAUGCUUUAUCUGUUGCUCUGCAACACCGGCACGACACAAAUGGCAUACCGAUGCCGACGCUAUUGGAGAUGUUCCCAUUACGGUUUGUUGAUCCUUUGGUGGUUCCAAGAUUGCGAGAGGAGGGUUUUGUUGUCACACAAUCUCAGCGAGUGGCCGUGGAUAUACCGUUACAUUUCACGUCCUCCGACGUGGAACCAGAACAGCGGUUGGCAUACUUUAGGGAGGAUAUCGGUGUAAAUCUCCACCAUUGGCACUGGCACUUGGUGUACCCGUCGGAAGGUCCCAUCGAAGUGGUUCGCAAAGAUAGACGAGGCGAGCUGUUUUACUAUAUGCAUCGACAGAUAGUUGCACGUUAUAGCACAGAGCGGUACAGCAACUUCUUGCCAAAGGUUGUGCCAUUGAGGAACCUAAGAGAACCCAUACCAGAAGCAUAUCAUCCAAAAAUUUUGAAUAGUGGCACAAACGUAACCUAUCCAGCGAGACACAAAAAUAUGUUGUUAACGCAUAUGAAUAGACCUGCCGAUGGUGCAGUAUCAACAAUACUUGAAAUAGAGAAUUUGAUCGGGCGGUACAUAGAAGCUGCUAAAAGUGGAGAAGUCAUUCUGCCAAACGGCGACAAAAUGCUGCUCGAGGCCGACACAGCAAUUGAUGUUCUUGGUAAUAUUCUGGAAAGCUCAGCACUAUCAAUAAAUAUUCCCUAUUAUGGAAACAUCCAUUCGACGAUACAUGAUUUGAUAGCAUUUAUUCAUGAUCCAGAUAAUGAGUACCUUGAAGGCCCGGGAGUGAUUGGUGAUUUGGCUACAGCUCUUCGAGACCCCAUCUUUUACCGCCUACACUGGUUCGUGGAUGACAUGUUUGAGCUUCACAAGAAAACGUUGACUCCGUACAGUAAACAGGAGCUCGGAUUCCCCGGAGUGAAUGUGGAAGAUGUCUCCGUUCAUGUAACGGACGGAAAAGCUGCCAUAAAUCGGUUGCUAACUUACUGGCAACGCUCUCAGGUCGAUCUCGCGGUUGGACUUGACUUUGGACCGGAAGGUAAUGUUGUUGCGACGUUCACACACCUUCAACAUGCACCGUUCGUCUAUCGAAUCAAUGUGACAAAUGAUUCGCAACGAGUUCGCCGGGGGACUGUUAGAAUUUUUCUAGCACCGAUAUACGAUGGCACCGGCGAACUGAUUGCUUUUGAUGAGCAGCGUCGUCAUGUAAUCGAACUUGAUAAAUUCGUAAUUGAUUUGAACCCUGGAAUGAACAACAUCACGCGUGCCUCUGAUGACUCCAGUGUGACCAUACCAUUUGAAAGAACCUUUCGACGUCAAGAUAUAUCGACCAUGCCAGGGACAGAGAGAUAUCGGUUUUGUAAUUGUGGAUGGCCAGAUCACUUGCUGAUUCCUAAGGGUUCAUUGGGCGGAACACCCUAUGAGCUGUUUGUAAUGGUUUCAGAUUACGAAGACGAUUCGGUAAAUUUAGAAUUGAAUGAAUUUGAGGAUUGCAAUGACUCGCAUUCCUAUUGUGGGCUUCGUGAUCGGCUUUAUCCGGAUCGCAGAGCUAUGGGCUACCCCUUUGAUAGGUCUAUGGAUAACGAUGUUACUCACAUGCAGCAGUUGGUACAGCAGUUCAGUAAUAUGAAACGUACUGUCGUAGAGAUUCGUUUUACAAAUACGGUUAUCGCUAGAAAAAUGUCUAGUUCUGGUAACCGAAAACUUUUGUCGCUUUUGCAGCGUCCUCUGGAACCAACUUUCUAUCCGAAGGAUAACGGUAAAACGGUUAUCGAUUUACCGGAAAAUUAUCUCACCGAACGUUACCGUCCCAUUGGGGAGAGUCUGCAGAACCGUUUCGGUAGCGAUGCGGAUACCAGGAUUCCGGUUCGCAACGUCGGUACUCCUAGUAUUGGCUUUGCCGAAGCAAUCGAUCGCCGUGGUGGAUUCUCUCUAUUUAAUGAGAAGCAUCGCAAGAUUGCCGGAGAACUGAUUGCGUUUUUCAUAAACCAGCCCGAUGUGGAAUCACUGAUGAGUGUUGGUGCUUAUGCACGAGAUCGCCUGAAUCCGAUGCUGUUCCAGUACGCACUGUCGGUCGCCGUCCAGCACCGCCCGGAUACGAAAGAUCUUAGUAUUCCUUCACUGUUGGAAUUAUUUCCGGAUUCAUUCGUCGAUCCCGCCGUUUUCCCUAGGCUUCGUGAAGAGGGAUCGGUUGUGCAGCAGGAGAACCGGAUGACUAUUGAUAUUCCAAUGAACUUUACGGCAUCGGAGCGAGAAGACGAACAGCGCUUGGCCUAUUUCCGCGAGGAUAUUGGUGUCAACCUUCAUCACUGGCAUUGGCACUUGGUAUACCCUGGAGAUGGACCGGAUCAAGUUGUGCGCAAAGAUCGCCGUGGUGAGCUGUUCUACUACAUGCAUCAGCAAUUGAUUGCUAGGUACAAUAUCGAAAGAUUCUGCGCUCGAUUAUCUCGUGUUCAACCUUUGAACAACCUACGAAUUCCACUGACGGAAGGUUACUUUCCCAAGAUUAUCAGAAGUGCCAACAGUCGCGCAUUCCCACCACGGCCACAAAAUCAAAUGUUGAGAGAUGUCAACCGUGUUGAUGAUGAUGUGAUUUUCUCAGUUAAUGAUCUGGAACGGUGGGGAAGUCGAAUCGCUGAAGCUAUCGAUGCAGGCUUUGUAUUGGGGCCAAAUGGACAACGAAUACCUCUGGACGAAACUACAGGCGUUGAUAUCCUUGGUAAUAUCAUGGAGCCGUCGUCCCUUUCGGUCAAUAGACAAUACUACGGAAGUUAUCAUGGUAAUCUUCACAAUGUCAUUGCCUACAGCCACGAUCCAGAUAACCGCUUCCUGGAAGGCUACGGAGUUGUUGGAGAGUUCCAGACUGCUAUGCGUGAUCCUUCCUUUUAUCGUCUUCACUGUCAAGUCGAUAACAUGUUCCAUCGCUUCAAGAACACGUUGCAACCUUAUCCGACAAAUCAGCUGAACUAUAACGGAAUUCAAAUUCAAUCGAUUAGUGCCCAACUGAAUCGAGCUAACGCACCAAACAAUGUAUUGCUCACCUAUUGGCAACGGUCGCAGGUUGAUUUGGCUACUGGAUUAGACUUUGGACCGCAGGGAAAUGUUUUCGCGUCUUUCACUCAUCUCCAGCAUGCUCCGUUCACUUAUCGACUAGCUGUCAACAACAACAGCGGGGCAAUGAGACGCGGCACAUGCCGAAUAUUUAUUGGGCCAAAAGUUGACGAACGUAAUACUGCCCUAACGUAUCAAGAACAGCGCAUCCUGAUGACAGAGUUGGAUAAGUUCACUGUCACGCUAAAUCCUGGAGUAAACAACAUUGUUCGUCGGUCGGAGCAAUCCAGUGUCACUAUCCCGUAUGAGCGAACUUUCCGCCAGGUUGCUCUUUCGAAUCAACCAGGUACCGAGGCCUUCCGCUUCUGUAACUGUGGAUGGCCACAUCAUUUGCUUUUGCCGAAGGGUACUCCCGAAGGAAUGAAGUUCGACAUGUUUGUAAUGAUAUCCGACUACACCAACGAUACGGUUAAUCAAGAAUUCGACGAAAACGUCAACUGCAACGAUUCGCAUUCAUUCUGUGGGCUUCGUGAUCGGCUGUAUCCGGAUCGUCGUGCUAUGGGUUAUCCGUUUGAUCGACGUGCUGCAACUAGCGUUCGUACUCUUCAGGACUUUGUGGCUGGCAAUACUAACAUGGCAUUGACUACUGUACAGAUUCGUUUCACUAAUACCGUUAUUGCUAGAACGUGAAAAUCGUAUUUGACAAUGUAAUUAAUAUAGACGAAAAUCAGCAUAGUAAUUUGAAAAAUGAUUCAAUUAAUUAUACCGAAGCAUAACCCUCAA